UCGCAUUGUGGUGGAACGGAACAACCUUUGAUGUGGCGGCAGCCGACAUUCCGUCGACGAAUGGUGCAUUUCGUCGGCGAGGGUGUAGUUGCUCGACCGCAACUCAAAAUUUUUGGCGAGAAUUAGUUCACACUUAAAAUGCGCCUUCUCAUUCAUAUGGGUACGUGCUCUGGUAUAAAUGCGCGGAAAUGAAAGAUUAUAAAGAAAAAAGGCUAACGUCUUUCAUACGGAAAAUUUUGCCGAGACGUUCGGACGUGGUUCUUACUCGAAUUUUUAUUCCUGACCUAAUCGCGCGCUCUAAACCUACGAAAUGUCCAGCAUUCGCCGCUGCGUCGUCCGGGGCUGCCCCAUCACCAGCUUGCAGGCCAAAUUGUUUGGAUGGCCAAAGGACCAGGGGAUGGCCCAAAAGUGGAGGCAAAACCUGGGGAUUUCGCCAGACGCCCACAUUGCCCCAACCAACACCUUUAUUUGUGGCGACCACUUUCCUGACUACGCCAUUGGAGGCCAGCGACUGAAGAGUGGGGCGGUCCCAACCCUCAACCUUGAAUACUAUCAGAUCAGCGAUGACGAUCUUAACGAUGAUUCGGUACUUGAGAUAGCUGAACGUACCAAUGGCCAAAAUUUAAGACUGGGUAGACGCGGCAGCUAUGAACGUGCUUGGACUACGGAAGCUACACGUGCGCUAAUACACGUACGUGGUUCUAUGCAGGCCAAGUUUUCUGAGGGUCGACAAAAACGGACUGAACUUUGGCUUCACAUCACACGAGAACUCCAAAAUUUAGGCUUUCACUACAGCGAAGCAAAAGUGCAAAAGAAAUGGCACAAUAUAAUUAUUACCUACAGUAAAAACUUACCUAAGAAGAUUACAAGUGGAUGUGUGCAAUGGGAAUUCUUCGAAGAUAUGCACAAGUACUUGAAGGACAAAAAAGUGGAUAUGAGCGAUUUCCAAUACCAAUCGGCGUCUAAUCACAAACCGCCGGUAGAGCAGCAGCAGCAGCAGCAAGAGCUGCCACAGCAGAAGCAGCAGCCGCAGUCGGAACGGCAACAGCACCAGCACCAGCAGCCGCAACAGCAGCCACAACCGCAGCCGCAGCCGCAGCCCUUGCCGAUUAGUUUUCAACAAUCACUAGAAGUCAAUUGUAGUCAAUUGCAGACGCCUUCCCUACAAACUGAAGUUACGCCCCAAUAUAGUGAAGGGAAUCAAUUGGCGCUAUUGGCCAACACGGCCGCAAUAGACUUGGAUAAAUUUAAUGAUGAGUUCGAUGAGGAUUCGACGGUUAUGUCUGUGCUGAAGCAGCAAAAGUUGGAAUUCAGCCCUGCUGAGCUGCCGCUGGAGAUACAACACACGAAUGGCUACGAACACGUUGGCAGCCGCGGAAAAUGUGAUAAUGACGAGUUCCCGCCGAUAUGCAAUGGGUCACAGGACGAUGGGACGUGGUGGAAGGACUAUUUUGAACGGAAGCUGGAGGUGGAGCGUGAGAAAAUUCAGUGCCAAAAGGAACUGCACCGUGAGCAAAUGCAAUUCCAUAAAAUGUCGCUACUACAGCAGGAGAGUAUUGAACGUCUGAAAAUUGAUGCGAUCAACAGCUUGACGGCGACGCUUCAGAAACUGGUGGAGACGAAAAACCGAAAGGUGUAGAAUAGAAAUUUUAAUUUUAUUCAAAGUAGUUAUUGUUUAAGACAACAAAGUUUAAGGUACAAAUGUACAACUACUGGAGUCAGUGGCAUAGCCAGGGGGAGAUUAGGUAAAGAUUUCCCCAACUUCAAUGAACUAACAUUUUUAAUUUUUGAUUUAUAAUUUUUUUAUUUCAGACAAUAUAAUUUUCUAUAAAUUCUGAAAAAAUGGAUUAUACUAUACAUUAAUGAACUGAAAUAAAAAUUAAUGUACUUUUUUUUUUAAAUCUACAUAUGUAAAUCAUUCAGGCUCCACGGAUUACAUGGCUGAACUAAAAAUAUAUUACGGUAAAAAUAGCCCAUAUAUGAAAUAAUACGCACAGGCGACGCCUCUGACUGUUGUGUGUCUCACCUUUAAGUUAUCGCGGAAAAUUACACGGUGUUACAAAAAAAAAAAAAAAAAUUGCACGCAAUUUUUAAGUGACCAAGUACAGGUCGUAGAGCUGGCCGAGUAACUCACGAAACUUUUUUCAAAAUUUUUCCAACACCCUCCAAUCCUCAACUUAUCCUUAAAGUAGUUUCUCCUACUCAACUUAACUUAGUUUAGCCAAUUUUUGGACUUAGUCAAGAAUAAGCUGAUUAAAACGUAGGCCAAUGUUGGGCUUAGCCUAGAAUUUGAAUAUGAAUAGGUCCAAAAAACCCAGCCUAAACAAUUUUUAUUUUUGCUGUUUAAAGAAACAAAAAGUUUUGUGAGCACGUCGUAGAUA